GCACAGUUGUCCACAGAGACAGACAUUAAAACAAAACAAAAGUACUUGAAAUCUGAUUCUUACCUGCUACCUUCUUCUUCUUCCUCCUCCUCACUCAUUCUCUUACACACACCUCCCUCUCUUCUUCUCGCAACAAAUUUUUCUUGAAUUUGGCAAAUAUCUAUCUACAUGUAAAGUGUAAAAAAUGCUAGUAGAUCUGUAUUAGGACCGGACCUUAACCGAGUCUACACAGAGCGAUUGAGAGAGAGAGAGAGAGAGAGAUCUGUAAUGUGUGCGUUGAUGAUCAAGCUCACAUUUCUGUGCUCAAAGUGUUAAAAGGGAUAAUCUUUGUUGCAUAUUUCAUCUGGGUUUCCGAAACAUUUGAUCGUUUUGGGUUUCAAUAAAAGUUUGAUUGCGUGUCUCUCGAAAAGGAGUGAUUUUUUUUUAUUUGCCAGGACGAGAUUUGGAUACAUUGGGGGUGGUGAGGAAGAAACUGGCGAGAUUACAAGCGAUUGUGAAAAAUCUGAAGCUAAUAAUAAUAAGAGGAAGAAGAAGUGGAGGCAUGUCUCCUAGUGGGAACGGCCCAGUGAUACCAAUUCUAGGUUUCGUUACUUGUGUGGCUUUUAUCUACCUCUCCUUUGGAGAUUUGUGGUUUGGUUCCAAAUGGGAU